AUGACAUCAGAAUUUUUGAGCACGUCCGAAGCUAUAUUUCGCAUACUGAGAGAUUCAAAAGUUUCAUAUCCCGAAAAGAUUAUUGUUGCCACUCGUGUGUGGAAUUCAACUGAUAUAUGCUUUCUAAAUAAAGUAGGAUUCUUGUCAGAGUGGGUUUGUUCAACUUUGAUUAAAUCAACUGGAUUUCCCGAAACACGGCUUGGUGAAGCUCCACAUUUGAAUUUAAGUUAUUGGAAGUUGUUUAAAGAAGCAUUGGAAAAAACUAAUGAUUCUUCUAUACCGUCAUCUAUAUGUAAAUUACCUUUGAUUCCUAUAUUUUCCAGCGUAGUUGGUUAUAUAUCAUCAUUGGAUCCAAUAAAUAAUUACGACACAGAUGAUCUGAUUGAGCAUUUGCUGGAAACAGUUGAUGCCUGUUUUCACAAACUUACGACAGAAAAGUCUACAAUUUUCAGGCCGCCAAUAGAUCAAUUAGUUACAUUAGCUUUAAAUGCUUGCAAUUUUAUCAUAAUUAUGAAUACCUUUUAUGACGAUUAUGUGAUGAACAUUGAGUAUAGGCAAUCUAGAAUCGUUUUUCUGAGAUUUAAGUUGUUUUCGAAAAUUAUUUCAUUUUUGGAGUGCAACCUGAUAAAAAGUUCGAAUCCAAAGAGGGCAUACAACGUACUUAUCGGAAAAAUGUUUGGUAAACUCCUUCAUGUCCGUUCCUUUGUAUUUCACCUCAAAUCAUCAGAGAGGCAAGAAAGCAAUUAUUAUGUUAUAUUUAGUAAAAUUAUUAAGACGAUUGACAACAUUUUCAGACAUGGACUUUUUCAACAAGAACAUAUAAUAGAGUAUGUUGCAACCGAAUCAAACCAAGAUAUAUCUGAUAAAAGAAAUGAUGGAAAAGGUUUAAUUAAUCAUCAUGAUCAGUUAUUUGAUAAAUGUCGUGAGAUUAUAAAUUCUAACGAUGAUAAAAGGCAAUCUCAACUAAGUGUUUUGGAAGUUAUUCCUUACUGGUAUGGAUUCUUUAUUGAAGAAUUACGCAAACACUUAGAACAUAUUCGUGGUGCUGCACCAGGCGAAUCAGUUAAAAUAAUCAUAGAUAAAAGGAGAACUUUAGAAUUUAAUUUUUUUUCGGAAUUUUGGGUUUUGAUUUCUGAAGCGUUGUCAAAUUUGGAAGAUCCAAACCAUUUAAAGACAAUGUUUUCGAUCCACAUAGAUUUAUUAUCAAAAGUUUCUCAAUAUGAUGUAUAUCAAAUUAAGAGCGACGAGAUAUCUUUGCGGCAAUUAGAAUUCCUUCAAAAAGUUGCCGAUUUUUUAAUUUUUAAGGCAUCUAACAUUCAAGAAAAUUAUAUGAAAAACAUUACUUUCCAAGGAUUUGAUUUAUUGUUGAAACUAGAACACAGGGUUGUACAGUCACAUGUUAAAUCAUUACUCAGUUUGAUGCUUCAGCAAUUAUAUACUGAAUCUUUAAAUUCAUGUUUGACUCUGGGCAAAACUUUGUUAGUCACAUACUCUAAAUCUCAUGAAAUGGAUUUCUAUAUUAAAGGCUUUUUGUCAGCUCUUAAUGACGUACCAGAUGAUGCUAAUAUAAUCUUGAAAAAUCCAUUGUUUUCAAGAGAAUAUUUGGAUGAAUUCGCGAAUAAAAUUACCAAUUAUGUGACAAUGACUCAAGCAUGCGAACUUAUCAGUCUAUUUACUGCUGAAUUGCCUAGUUUUCUUUGUCAAGAAAUUGAUGCAAGAACACAAAACAAAAAGAGGAAACUAGAAAGCAAAGCAGUUAAUCCUUUUUUACCGAGAGUGAAUCAAAUCGAACCACGGAUCAUCUUUAUCGUGCGAUUUUUGCGAGCCUUAAAAAUCACAUCAGUUUCUAGGGAUGAGAUAGAAAAGUCGUUUCAAUCAUUAUUCGAUUUGUUCAUUUUUCCUAUACUAUCUGCCAAACUUGAUGACAGAUAUGAAUGUGAUAGUGUUAGUGAUAUUAUGAUAUAUGCUGCACUUAACUUGCAUCAUUGCCUAGUAGAUAUUUCGCCUUUAUAUUGGGAAAAAGCAGUGAAUUCAGAAUUUAUUUCAAUUCUGGAUAACAUUUCGUCAAUUGAUCCAAAACUUCAACCUACAACAAAUAAUGAACCCGAAAAUAGUGUUGUCAUAAUACAUAAGUACAUAACUACCGUCCUUUCUACUCUUGAUUAUCCUAAAAAUGCUGAAAUAUCGUGGACAGGAUAUUUGGUUGAUAUGACUAAAGAAAAUUUUGCGAUCUCGAAUUCCAUGCUUAUUAUUAUAGAAUGGUUGGAUGUUGUGGUUAAUAAUUGCCAAAAAAAAGAACUUGAAUCAAUAAUAAGAUUUAUAGUCAGAGGACUUGUCACAUAUUCCAUGGGCAUAAGUAAUGAGGAAAUAUCUAUGGAAAGUAUAUGCAUUCAAAUUUUGCAUUCUGCAGAAUUUUUUGAGCUACAACCUUUGAGAGACGUUUUUUUAAAGGUUUAUUUGGAGGAAUUAUUAUCAGUCUUCAAAAACGCAUGUGGCGUAAACAUGAUUGAAUCUGACAAUGAUAUCAAGGAAAUAGGCAUGAUUAUUGAAAUUGCAUCAAGAUGGCAUCAACAGGCCUCAUCGGUAUUAUUGGAUUCUAUAUUGCCUUGUUUCUCAUCACCAUUAAAUAAACAAUCACGGUCAAACAAUUUAACAGAUGAAGCCACUCAAAAAAUACAUCGUCUUGUGAUGCUACUGCACUUAUUUCCCUCAGAAUAUUUUGAUAGAUGGGAGGUUAAUUGUCUAUCAGCAUUAAUAUUACUUAUAGACAAGGUGAUACUUAUGUCACAAAUUCAACAGAGUAAUAUACCCAUAAAUCAUUUGAAAAAUGCUAUUCUUUGCAGAAGCCUGAUACGUAAAUUUUUUCUCGCGACAACCAAACAAGAUGAUCUACUGUGGAAAAAUCAAUCAUUUAUUAUGUGGUGGGUGUCGUCUAUAUACACCUGUAAACAUCAUAUAAAAACAAUCGGCGAAUCUCAACAAGAAGAUAUAGAUGGUAUAGAAAUUGUGCCCAAGCAAUUUAUCAGUUUGGUACAGAUAACCAAUGAAACUAUAAUAGUUAUAUCAAGUCACAUGUUUGCUAGGUAUCGAGAAAAUGAAAAUUUUAAAAUUGUUGAUCACUUGAAUGUUAUCAUCUCCGCAUAUUCUGUUUACUUGGAUCAUUCCUUUGAUCAAGCCAAUCUAGUUUUUGACUUAGUGAUAAGUAGUAUUUGGAAAUUUGUUUCUGAUUUUUUAAAACUUGGGAUAGAGUUUUUUGAGUCACGCAGAUUUAUCCAUGGAGCACAUGACCGAGAGAUACAUGGGGUGUUUGAGAUAUUACUGCAAAAAGUUGAGAAAAGUUCAUUAAAGCUCAUUACUUUUUAUACUGAAGAAUAUUUGCAACAACUUCAAAGAGACAAUAAUUUUAAAGGAAUUCAAGUUAUACUAAAACAAAUUACUUACUUAGAAGAAGUAUUAAAAGCAUAUUUGAUGUCACUAAAGUAUUAUAAUUUGGACUUUAUUCAGCAACAAAAUAUGGAUGCCAAAGAUGUGCAAAGUCAACAUUUGAGCGAAUUGGAUAGUAGUUUUGGCAUCCUCAUAUCAAAAUUACCAAUUGAAAAAUAUGAAGAAUUUUCAAGUAAUAUUAUUAAUAAAUUAGAAGAAUUUCCCUUCACUAUGCAAAAAGGUAGCACAGAUAAAGAUUUGAAGUUUCUUGUACAUUUAGUUGACAUAUUUCUUCGCAGUUCCACACAUGCAACUGUGUUGCUUACAAAAAAAGCUUCCCAAUAUAUUAUUUCUCGUAAGACGUUUUCGUUUCGGUCAAUUGAUAUUGGUUUGAUACUGUCAACUGUGAUUUCAUUAACAUCUUCAAGGACAAACCUCGAAUCAGACGAAAAAGGUUAUCAAAAUCUUUUUGAAGAAAGUAAAAAACAAAAAGGUGAAUCACAAAGUCGUCGAUAUGUAACAAUAUGGGAUAUACGCCUCAAGAAUCCAUUACCAAUAUCAAGUGCCAAUUCAUUUACAAGAUUAUUGACGAUGAUAUCACAAAGAGAUUCGUUAAACAAAUUUCAUAAAAAAAAGGCAAUUUCAACACGACCGUUUAUUAAACACAUGCCGUGUUUAAUAGCAGAAUAUUUAAAAGUACAAACUGAAGGAUUUUUAGAACCAACAAUUAAAGAAACUUUAAGACCAGGUGUGUAUUCACUUUUGGACUUGUGUGAUAAGCAUGAAAGAGACAUGAUUAUGGUUACUUUGGAUCAGGCUGGGAAAAGCUUGUUCAAAACUUUGUGGACUGAAUAUAAUAAAGAUUGGAAAUAUGUAGGAAGGG